AUGAACAAUACCCACUCGAUCACACUGAAGUAUGGACACAAGUUUCCCAGAAUGUACCUGUCCCUUUCAAGGGGAUUUGCUCUUGAGAGUCAGAUCAAGACAUUUUUGCUGCAUUUUGCAAAUUAUGCUCUUUCCCAGGCCCAAGGAAUUUUGCCACCCGAGGAAGAACAACAAAUGCAGGGCUAUCCAGGAUUGGUCCAAGAUAUUUUGCUGCCUGAGGCAGGUUUCCUAAAGUUACCUGGAUUUUCUGAAGGUGGGGAGUGCCUUACUUUGAGGUCAAAGUUAAAGAUCAAUAUGGAAAAUCAACCCUUGGAAGUUAUUGUGAUUUCCAGCCAAGGAGGGCUUUGUCAGAAGCGCCCAGCACCAAUCUCAGAAGAAGGCCUACAUGUUUACAAGAGGCUACGGAGGGAUUCACCAGUUUACCCCAUGGAGUGGGAAAAUUAUCCACCACCACCAGACUGGACUCAUUUGGCUUUGCUGGAGACUUCUGCCAAGGAUGCCACUCAACCGCUGGAAACAGAAGAGAUACAACUGGAGAGAAAAAUCUUAAUGUCAAGACCUCGAAAGAGAAAACCGGAGAAAAAAACCUUAAAGCCAAGACCUCAAGAGAUACAACCAGAGAGAAAAACCUUAAAGCAAAGUCCUCAGCAGGCGCCAUCUCCACAGCAGAGACCAUCUUUGACCCAGGCCCAGUCCACACACCAAUGCAAGAAGAAAGCUCAACGGAGUCAACGGAAGGCUUCUUAUAAUCCCUAUGACUUUACAUCAGAUGAGCUGGAUCCAGCCUACGAGUGGUCAAGGGAACCUUCUUCAGUCAAGCAGUGUGGUGUGGAUAUUAUUCCUCUCCUAAGACGCACUCUGCAUCCAUUUCCUUUGGGUUUGCGGCUGGACAAGCUGGAGAUGAUGGUGUGGAAGGAACACAAGGUCAGGCUGUGCAGGAUGAGCUUGGAAUAUGGCUACAGAGACAGCAUCAGGUUCUUAAAGGCAGUGCCGGGCAUCAGGAUCAAGCUCUCAAGUAAAGGGACAUCCCAGUACCUUGUGCAGUGGGACCCAGGUGAGUAUAAUUUUCCUAUGUUGUCCUUGUAUUCUCUCUAG